AUGUCCAUGUUUGUGACAUUCUGGGAGGUGUGGCCCAGGCUGUGAUUUGCCACCUACUGCUGCAGGCAUUAGGGUGUUCAGAAGGGAAGGGAGAAGCUGUGCUCAUGUGUUUCCCACUAAACAGAGAGACUGACACUCUCUAUAGCUGUUUUAUUUUUACUUUAUCUCCUUGUCAACUUCACAGUGUAAUAAAUGCAGUUUAUGUAAACAUCUCUACUGGGAGAUGCAUAAAUAUAAGUAUUUAUGUGAACAUAUAAAGUCUGCAUAUGUGGGUAAUCUCCCCAUACAUAUCAUUUAUUUAUCCAUCAUUACAUAUCUGUGGUGUCUAGCUGAUUCCUCUACCUUACUUCUGUCUCUGUACCCAUCUCUACCUGAACAUGUAGUAAAUAUUUUAUUUUGAAAAUAGACAAAGAUUAUGUUUCCUUUGUGUUUUCUCUUUCACGGUGGAGCCUUCCCUCUGCUGGGGCUUCACUGUGAGACCCGCAGGACUCAAGGUCCUUUGGGAGGUCCUGGCUUCUCCUGAAUCCUCUCUCACCUCUCCUGUUAUAACUGCUCUCUCUGGCCAGCUCUGCUGGAACAGAAGGUCUUGCCUGCCACCCUAUGGCCGCAGGUGACACAGCAGAGGUGUGGGCAGCUGUCUCUUGACUGAUUCCUAGUCUCGCCUCUGAACCUGAGUUCCCACAUGCAUGGAUUUAAGCAACUGUCUUUCUGAGGAAGGGAUUGUGCUCAUUUUCCUCAUCUCCUCUUGAGGGGCUGUUUCCCGUGUUUAUUGAGUCCUCGUUUGUGCCCAUCACUUGCUAAUGUUAUCCAUGCUGCCCUCUAUCUCUGUGUAAGAUGGGAAAGCCUCCACACUUGACUGUCUCUUGUUUUUCAUCCAAUGUUACUCCCUGAAUAUACCCUCCAGGGGUAUCUGUCUUCUUCGUUCCACAUCUAGCACAAUCCUUGUGUAUCCACCUCCCUAAGGACUGUUUCUUUUUUUUAAUAUAUAUUUUAAAAAAAUUUAUUUAUUUAUGGCUGCGUGUGUCUUCGUUUCUGCGCGCAGGCUUUCUGUAGUUGCAGCGAGAGGGGGCUACUCUUCGUUGUGGUGCGCGGGCUUCUCAUUGUGGUGGCUUCUCUUGUUGUGGAGCACGGGCUCUCGGCACGCGGGCUUCAGUAGUUGUGGCACACGGGCUUAGUAGUUGUGGCUCGCAGGCUCUAGAGCACAGGCUCAGUAGUUGUGGCGCACGGGCUUAGUUGCUCCGUGGCAUGUGGGAUCUUCCCAGACCAGGGCUCGAACCUGUGCUCCCUGCAUUGGCAGGCAGAUUCUUAACCACUGCGCCACCAGGGAAGUCCCAAGGACUGUUUCUUUAUAGUGAUUUUAUGCAAAAACUCCAUAUGUUCUUCCUGCCUCCUGUAUCCCCAUGAGCACCUCUCUCUGCCCCCAUCUAAUUAUUUCUUCCCUCUCUCAUAUCCUAUUGUUCUGUUAGUUUUCUGCCCUGAAAGUUGACUGCUAGCUUCUUAGUUUUCUGCCUUAAUUUCUAAGUCAUAGAUUACUUUCAGGCUAAAAGUUUCCUUCUAACCACUGUUUUAUUCCUCACCAUUCAUUGGAAAUUAAAUCAAUUUUUAAUAAUUUGACUCAUCAGUGAUUUAUACUAGCCCUUCUUCCCCAGUUCUGUAGUUUUGUUUUUCCCUUUUGUGGUCAUUUUUAUUUAAACAUUUGACCUUACUGAAACUAGAACUUCCGUCCAAAAAUGUAUAUAGAGCUGAAGUUUUUGCCCUGUUUUUUUUGGCACUGUGUUUAAGGUGGUAUCUCUGGGUACUCAGGUAACCUCACUCCACAGAUUUCGAUCUGAAGUUAUUUUCACUAUUGUUUCUUCUAAUGAUUUUGUAGAUUGCAGGUCAAUUUCUUAUUCAACUUAUCAGUGACACAGUAGUUUAUAUGGCUUUUAAUUUCAAAGAAUAUUUUUUCACUUUUUUUCUUUUUAACUGAUUUUUAUCUGAUGUUAAUUGUAACCAGAUAUGUUCCCUAGAUAGGCAUGACUAGAUUUUUUUCCAUUGUGUUUAUAAUUUAAAUGGAUUUUCACAUCUUUGAGCCUGAGAGCCCAGAUAGGAGUGUGGGAAAUAGGACUCCUCAAAGGACAGAGAUUAAAUCUCAAAGCUCUUAGAUUUAUUAAGCAAACUCAGGUCCAGGGUAAAAGGGUUCUGUACCCCCAAUUCCAAUGUGUGGGGUUUUUUUCCUCCACACAUCCAAGCAAUUCUGGGACACCAAAUGAGUGUCCUACAAUUCAACUCAAUUCUGACACUGUUUACCCAGAGAUAGCAUCAGAUUCCACAGGUGAGGGGCUCAGUCCUGCAAGACUGUUCCCCACUCCACCCACCCAAGGUACCAGGCAUAAGUCCAGGUUGUCACCUGGGCUUCUGACCAACUGGCUAUAGACUGGAGGUUCCAACAACCCCCUCCUCAUUUAAUUUGCUGGAGUGGCUCACAGAAUCCAGAGAAUCAUUUUACUUACUAGAUUACCAGUUUAUCAUAAAAGAUUAUAACUCAGGAACAGCCAGAUGGAAGAGAUGCAUAGGGCAAGGUAUCAGGGAGGGGUGCAGAGCUCUCAUGCUCUCUGAACACGCUACUCUCCCUGAAUCUCUACCAACCUGGAAGCUCUCCAAACCCCAACCUUUUGGGGUUUUAUGGAGGCUUCAUUACAUAGGUGUGAUGGAUUAAAUCAUUGGUCUUUGGCGAUUGAUUCAAUCUCCAGUCCCUUUCCCCUCCGUGGAAGGGAGAAAGGGGAGAAAGUUCUCAGGGCCCCAUCAUCACCCAAUCUGCUGUUAUGUUUGAUUUAUUAUAGAUAACCUGUCAGCCUGGAUCUCUCUUCACAGACUGUGUACACAUAUCUACACAUAAGGAUCUGGAUUAUCUCAGGAUCCCACCUCCUCUGCUCUCCCCCCCCCCACAACCCUCCAUCCCUUCUCUGACACUUUUCAGUCCCUCCAUUUCAUUUGUGCUCCUCUCAGCCCCAUGCCUGACUUUGGUGCCCACUGAGUUCUUUUAGAAACAUUCCACAUUCAGGGAUAUGAAAUCCUUGGUGAGGUCUGUCAAGGAUUGGAAUAGGGUGCUGGGCUGAUCCUCCUUCCUGAACCCCUGUGCAGUCGGGGAGGCUGAUGCUAACAUGCAAACCUUUUUCUUUUUUACUUCUCCAGGCAAAGGGAUAUUGGGAAAGAUUCUGGAGUAGAGUGUUAAGAUUUAAGAGUAUUCUUUGAAUAUUUGCACCAUGAUGGGCCUUGGAGGUGCCUUGAGGGUGGUGCUUUGAGUGGAGUAGUUAUCAGGAAAUUGUGGAUUUUAAGGAAGUCAGGAAAGAAGAGAUCACUGACAAUUCAACAAUUCAGGGUAAGCUCCUAGAGGACUCUUUCUGGCUACUUAAUGCCCAGAAGCCAACCCCUCACCUCUUAUCAAAGCUAUAGGCCACUAGGUGCCAAUGAGGUUCAUGUAGCAUCAGAUCUAUCUAUGCCUUUCCUUAAUGUGGGGAUUUGGGGUACAGAAUUUAAGGAAGCACCAAAAACACUCAGUAAUCAAGGUAAAUAUUUUAAUGUAUUAUCUUAAAAAUAAAAAUGAUGAACCAAAUCUCCCCCUCCCCCCAAUCCAUGAUGAACAAAACUGUCAAAUUAUGCCUCCUCUUCACCCCUGUCUCCCUCACCAUCACCACCACCACCACAAGCUCGGAAAGUUUCCUCCAAGCGAUGCCUGUACCAGGGUUUGCUGGCUCGAGCCGUGGGGCUUCAUUAUACUACUACCACCAGGGAACCUUUUGCUCUUCACCCAAGUCCAGCCUCUCCACUCCUCAAAAUCCCGGUCACACAAGACGAAAGCCACUCCCACCGCCAUUCCAAGUUGGCCCAAGCCAAUCCCGCUCUCUCCGAAAACAGCCUUGGUGUUCCCUGUCUAUAGUGGCGCCCCCUCCCAACCUCGGGGACGUAGAGCCGGUGUCGCUCCUAUCUGGGCGUCCCAACAGAGCAUCACCCCGCUUCCCCACCCUCCAAGUGCUUUACUCUGAGCCGCGCCCACAUCGGCCCGCCUCUGGUCCAGCCCGUGCCGACCCUGGUUUCAGCUCCGGGAAGGGGACACCAGUGGAGACUUGGGUGGGGAAGCUUAGCUCCCUCGCGCCGCUGAAGGUCAGUGCGCACAGUCUGGUCACCCGCCGCUGCAACACCGGGCUCCAGGACCACAUUUCCUAGAUUUCUCGGCGGUGUCCGCGACGCUCUCGUGGCCUGCAGAUCUCAUUGGCCCUCGGCGGAGAAACUGGUGAACCUCGCGGUCUGGGCACCUUAACAACGAGCUCCUAAAUUUGGCUGUAAAAGAGGUGCAGAUGUGAGAGUCACCCUGCCAUGGAGAAGCCCACGCCCUCCUCCUCUCCACCCCAAGACUACACUCUCCAGAGGCCUCUGCGGCCACUUCCGCCCUCUCUUCCGUUCGCCCCUGAGCGUGAGGAGUUGGCGUAACAGGAACACUUCCGGCCGGUGGAGUCCGCCCAUUAGGCUGGUUGGCAACGGUGUAGACGACUGUAUUCGGGUCCUUCUCACACCUCUGCUCUUGGUUCCCGAGCUUCAGCCUCAGAAUCGAUCUGCCUUCUGAGACUUUGCCCUUCUUCAGGGAGAGCACUCAGGAGAUCAGGAAAAUGGCCACGGGGCUCCUGAAAGCCAAAAAAGAGGGAUGCCUUUUGAUCUCUAAUCCUGAGGUGUGGACAAGGCAGACUCCUGGAUGAGCAGAGGUGUGUUUUGUGUUAAAAGGCAUUCAUGGCAUUCGGGGAUGUGGCUGUGGACUUCACCCAGGAGGAGUGGAGGCUGUUGAGCCCCGCUCAGAGGACCUUGCACAGGGAGGUGAUGCUGGAGACUUAUAACCACUUGGUCUCACUAGAAAUUCCAUUUUGCAAACCAAAACUCAUUUCUCAGCUGGAGCGAGGGGAAGAGCCCUGGAUAGAGGAGAGGCAACGUCCGCUGAGUCUCUGUCCAGCAGGAUCAAAGCUAGAAAUUCAACCUUGUCCCUCCUGUCCUCUGGCAUUCUCUAGUCAGCAAGCCCUCAGCCAACAUGUGUGGCUCAGUCAUCUCCCUCAGUUUUUCUCAAGUUUACGUGCAGGAAAUCAUCUCCAUUCAGGGAAACAAUAUUCAGAAGAUCAGAAACAGCAGCAGGAGCAAGUCUUUGAUCAAACCUGCUCAAGCAACAAAGCAGAAAUUCAAGAGAGCGAAGAAGAUUCCAAGCUUUUGUUUGGGAGAGUAAGUAAAAGCAGCACUUCAAAGGCAUUCUCCAGAACCCUGGAAGAACAGCCAGUAAGGUCCAAGGAAGACAACACAGUUGUGGACAUAGUGCCCAGCCCUACCCAGAGGACAAACCUUGAGGAAACAGACAAAACAUUACAUGGUUUAGAAGUCUCAGGAUUUGGAGCAAUCAAAUAUGGAGAGUUUGGGCUAGGCUUUAUCAAGGAGUCAAACCAGCUCAGCCUCCAGAAGACACACACAGGGGAGACCCCUUACAUGUACACUGGGUGGGGAGAAAGCUUUAGCAGUAUGUCAGUCCUCAUCAAAAACCAGAGGGCACACUCUGGGGAAAAGCCUUUUGUGUGCAGGGAAUGUGGACGAGGCUUUACUUGGAAGUCAAACCUCAUCACACACCAGAGGACACACUCAGGGGAGAAGCCGUAUGUGUGCAAGGAGUGUGGACGAGGCUUUACUUGGAAAUCAAACCUCUUCACACAUCAGAGGACACACUCAGGGAUCAAGCCUUAUGUGUGCAAGGAAUGUGGGCAGAGCUUUAGCCUGAAGUCAAACCUCGUCACACACCAGAGGGCACACUCUGGGGAGAAGCCUUACAUUUGCAAGGAAUGUGGACAUGGCUUUCGCCAGCAUUCACACCUCAUCAGACAUAAGAGGACACAUUCAGGAGAGAAGCCUUAUGUUUGCAGGGAGUGUGAGCAAGGCUUUAGCCAGAAGUCACACCUCAUUAGACACUUAAGGACACACACAGGAGAGAAACCUUAUGUGUGCACAGAAUGUGGGCGUCACUUUAGCUGGAAAUCAAACCUCAAGACACACCAGAGGACACACUCAGGGGUUAAACCUUAUGUGUGCCUGGAAUGUGGACAGUGCUUUAGCCUGAAGUCAAACCUCAACAAACACCAGAGGUCACACACAGGGGAGAAGCCAUUUGUAUGCAGCGAGUGUGGGAGAGCCUUUACCCGGAAAUCAACCCUCAUCACACACCAGAGGACACACUCAGGAGAGAAGCCAUUUGUAUGCACAGAGUGUGGGCGAGGCUUUAAUGAUAAGUCAACCCUCAUCUCACACCAGAGGACACAUUCAGGGGAAAAGCCUUUCGUAUGCAGGGAGUGUGGUAGAAAGUUUAGCCAGAAGCCAAACCUGUUUAGGCACAAGAGGGCACAUUCAGGGAGUAUACCCUUUGUGUGCAGGGAGUGUGGACAAGGCUUUUGUGAUAAGUUAACUCUCAUUACACACCAGAGGGCACACUCGGGGGGGAAGCCUCAUGUAUGCAGGGAGUGUGGGCAAGGCUUUAGCCGGCAGUCGCACCUUAUUAGACAUCAGAGGAUCCAUUCAGGAGAGAAGCCUUAUAUUUGUAGGAAGUGUGGGCAAGGCUUUAGUCGGAAAUCAAACCUCAUCAGACAUCAGAGGACACACUCAGGAUAGAAACCUUGUGUGGACAAGUAGUGAAACCUUUAGCCAAUAGUCACACGGCAUGAGACACCAGAAGUCCCACCCAGGGCUGUAACUUUAGUAAUAAGUCAGCCAUUGCCAGACUCUAAAGUAGAAACAUCUUAUGUGUGAUGGGAGUGUUCACGAGACUAAUGGUAAGGGUCAACAUCUCCAAUCCACCUGAAGGAGAAUUGCUGGCCCAUUUUCAGGGGCUCUGGCUUUCCCUAGUGGGGAUGGUAGGUUGUGGAAGGUCUCUCAGGUAACUUGAUGGAGAGAGUACUUAUUAAGUAGGUUGAAAUUAGAGAAUUGAUACUAUUCCAAUAUCAUUUCCCAAGUAUACUUGAACACUCCUUCCACAGUAACCUGGAUGUUACAAAAACAGCAAUUCUAGAGUCCAUCUCUUGAUGUCUGUCUUACCUUCUGAGAACAAGAGACAGAAACCAUGGCUGAUUUAAUCUUGGUUCCACAGAGCAUGACCCAGCAGAGUCAGCUUCAGGGAGAGUUUGGAAAAUGGUCAACUCAUGGGGACAGAGAUAGUGCUUGGGUAGAAGGUUUUAUUAUACAAAAGGCUGACAGGUAAGAAAGAUUGUAGGUAUCCUAGCUCUGAGUUUGGGAAGAGGUGUCCAUUUUUGGAAAUAUCAUGUCUUUGCUUGCUUCCUGGGUCUGUCUCUGGUUUUCAGGUUGAAUCCAUACUGAAAAUGUUUUUAUUGACUAGUGUUUUUAGACUAGAAAUGUACUAUGUAGUGUUAUGAAGAAAAUAUAUACACACAUAUACAGAAAUACAAAAUGAAAUUACUUUCUAUUCUUUGAGUUACCAUACAGCAUCCCAUUAGUAAUUAUUUGGUUUAAAUUUUCCCAACCAUUGUAAAAUAUACUACUUUUUUGGUUGAGAAUACUCUUUUUGAAAAUGGCAGUAUCCCACAAAUUCAUUUAGAGUCGUGUCCCAAGGCCCAGUUUUUUUUCAUGAAACUUGACUAAAUGACUGUGAAUUUUCUUUGGAAAAUAAGUUUUCUAACAACAGGCAGGAAAAUGUAGAAAUUGUGUAAUAACUUAUCUUUUUUAUCUCUGUACAGGUAUUUAGAAUAAAUUUGAAAACAUAAGAGAAAGUGUAUGAGUAUUUAGAAAGUGGUGAUGUAGGGUUUAAAGUACAAUACUCAGUGGUUGGGUCAUUGGCUUUCAGUUAGGGAAAAAAUAAACAUAGGUCCCAAAGUUUCGAUAUCCAAAGGAGUUAGAGUUAGGGAAUCACUAUCUCAAAUAAUAUGAGGUGUAAGAGUCAUAAUUUUUGUUCAAAAUCUAAGUUUGAGUGGAGUGAGCAGAACCUGGUGAAAAAUUAUGAAAUACUAUCUUAAAUGGAGCAGCUGGCAUGACCUGCCCUUCUUAGCCCUCCCCAUGGUAAAUCCUGGCCUCAUGCUCUUACAUUUUCUCAACAGAAAAAUACCUUUUGAGUUUUAAUCUCUUUAAGCCUUAGAACUUAAUUACUCUUUUCCAUAAAAUAGUGUCACAAAAAUAAAGAUUCCAAAAUUAAACAUGUACCUUUCACCAGUUUUUUAGCUUUCGGAAGGAAUAUUUCAGUUUUUAGUGUAAUUGCCUCAUAAAAAUAAAAGAUUUUGCCUUAAAUUAUUUAAAACUCUCAACAGGAAAAAAUAGAGCACUGCUGGUAUAUGAAGAUUUAAAUAGAUUCAAAGAGAUUUAAACUCUGGGAAACAUUCCUAUGGAGCAGCAACCAAACAGAAAGAUCUGGAAAUGUUCUGAGAAAUAGGUAGAAAGAAGUCCCAUCCUUUGACCCUGCCCAAGCCCACCUCUACUGAUUCUUAAACCCACAUCAGGCCUUCUGCUUAGAACCUCUCAGAAGAGACAGAAUUAGGACAGGUAACCUGAGUUGUCUGCCAGGGCCUAGCAUUAAAAUCUGUGUGCAAAUUUGGAAACUAAUUAGGAGGCAAACACCACGUGGUAUUCAGAUAUGUGAAUCCUCUCAGUCUUGGAGGGUUUUUUUGGUUUUGUCUUUCAAUCUGUGUCUGGACUAUCCAUCCACUAUUGCCCCAUAUUUCAUAACCUGAGGUGACAGUUCUGGAUGUUUAAAACAGACAGAAAAUGUGCCCCAGAGCAACCACUGCCCAUCCUACCAAUCCUAUGGUAAGUAGUAGACUAUACUGCAGAAAAUUUUGAAGAAAAGAUGAUGAACAGUAUGAAACAAUGAAUAUUGCUUCAAAUCCGUUAAGCCUGUUAUGGUCACCAUUGAGAUGUUCCAUUUUAAAAGGAGUAGCAGUAAAUUUUAAUGUAAUUGUUUCAUUUAAUUCUAAUUUAUUAUUAUGGAUCAGUGAUUCCCUAAGUAUGGUCAGAGGAUGUUUGGGGGCCCUUUCAAGUGAUCUGCAUGGUCAAAACAAGUUUCAUUAUAACACUAAGACAUUACUUACUUUUUUCUGUUGUGCUGAAAUUUGCAUUGAUGGUGCAGAAACAAUCAUGGAUAAAACUGCUGGGCUUCUAGCAUGAAUCAAGGCAGUGUCACCAAACUGUACUACUAGUAUUAUUGUAUUUUUUACCACCCCCUACUGUGGUAAAAAAAAAAAUGCAAGUUCCACUUAAGAAUGUUCUUCAUAGAAAAGGAAAAAUUAAUUUUGUUAAAUCUUGACCUUUGGGUACAACAUUUUAAAAUUAUACUGUUAGGGCUUCCCUGGUGGUGCAGUGGUUGAGAGUCCGCCUGCUGAUGCAGGGGACACGGGUUCGUGCCCUGGUCCGGGAAGAUCCCACAUGCCGCAGAGCGGCUGGACCCGUGAGCCAUGGCCAAUGAGCCUGCGCAUCCGGAGCCUGUGCUCCACAAUGGGAGAGGCCACAACUGUGAGAGGCCUGCGUACCGCAAAAAAAUAAAAAAUAAUAAUAAAAUUAUACUGUUAAUUUUGAGAUAACUGUAGAUUCACACAGGGUUGCAGGAAAUUAUAUAGGGAGAUCCCAUGUACUCUUUACUCACUUUACUUCAAUGGUAAUGUCUUACAAAAUGAUACUAUAAUAUCACAACCACGAUACUAAAAUUGAUAUGUACACAUCUUUUAAAAACUAUACGUGAUGAAAAGAGAAAUACACAUAAAGUCCUUCAUGUAUGAAGUUGUUUCAAGGAAGUGCACUUCAAUGAUUGAUUUGCGAGCUGAACCAGCUAUGUUUUUAUGGACACCAAUUUUAUUUGAAAGAGUAGUUGACGAAUUUUGAAUAAGGUGACUCAGACUUGGAUAUUUGGUAGACAUUUGUAAAAAAAAAUGAAGUGAUUUUUUAAAACAGUAAAGAAAGCUGACAGUAAUUUUGUUAAUUUGACUUUCAAGCAAAAAAAUUAGAAUAUUGAAAAACAAGUUUUCUGCCACCAAGAACUUGACAGUUUCCCAAUACUUACACCUUUAUGAUGAGAUUGGUGAUGAUUUUAAUGAAUGUGAUUUUAUAAUACCAUAUAAUGAAAUAUGUUGAUGGAAGAUCUGCCUAAUUCACUGAACCAAUAUUUUCCAAUUAGUACAUAAUGCUGCAAAAUCAUCUGUGGGUAUAUUAAAGUAUAAGACAGACAAAUGGAUUUCAAGAGAUAAAAGCCAGAUUCCACAUUAUAAGUAACCUUUAAGAAAUUACUACUUGUUGAUUUUUGGUGUAUUAUCAAAGGAUAAUGUUGACAAUUACCUGAAAAGGCUAUUAAAACACUCCUCUAUUUUCUAACUAUAUCUGAGUCAGGCCAGAUUUUAUUUAUGUCAACAGGUUAAGUGCAGGAGCACAUAUAAAAUACCAGCUAUAUUCUAUUAAACUGGACAUUAAGGAGAUUUGCAAAAAUAUAAAACAAUGUCACUCUUCUCACUUUUUUUUUUUAUGGUGGAAAAUGUUCACACCCAAGUGAAAGUGAAACACUUUACUUUUCCCCUUUAUGUGUGUUGUUUCUAGAUGUUUAUGGUCUGUAACCCACACUGAAAAUACUACACACACACACACACACACACACAUCAGAAAAAAAGUUACAUGUUAUAAUACCUAACAUACUAUUAACAUCUAUGCUUUAUAUAAUUUAAACUAGGCAUAGAAGAAACAAAUGCAAAGAAAAUACUUAACACCUACUGACAGAUAUAAACCUACAAUCUGAUGUAUGCUGAUCUAUCUAGACAGAACACAAACUUGGGGCAUUUUCACUUCUAGAACUAAAUGAUAUAAUUAAUCUCCUUCAUGCUUUUGGCUAUGUCUCUUUCUGAUUAUACUUGGCAAUUAUUUUUUUCUAUUUUUUAAAUCAAAGAAGCAGCUUUAUGCUUUUAAUCAUUUCUUCAGUGUGUCUUUUAUAUUUUGUUAAUUUCUGUUACUGUUUACUAAUCUCAAGCUAAUUUCUUUUUAUUGUAUUGAUUUUUCAAGCUUAUUUAAUCAUAAUUUGAUUUAUUUAUCUUUUUACUGUUCUGAAAUUCAUUUCAUUUCUAAGUGGCAUAUAAUUUUCAUUUUUAUUUUCUCUUUUAGACAAGAAUUACUGUUUCAAAGAGUGCUUACAAAUGGCUAGAUGGACGUAUUCAUUUUUACAAUAUCCUAGUAUUUAGCUUUUUAUUUUGUAACAUUGUAAUCAGUGUAUUUUGUGAUUUCUUCCAUUUUAAUUCAUAAAGUUCAGUUUUGAAUGUGAUCAAGCUCUGUAACGUAAAGCAAGUAUUUAAUGUGUGAGUGUGUGUAUAUCUAUUUUAGUAAUAUGCCAAAAUUAAUACAAACGGUUAUAAAAUUUGAUAUUUUUCUAGUUAUUUUAUUCUCCUGUUGUUUUAUAUUAAUGAUCUGUAUUUUUAUUUAUUAAUUUAUAUUAUAUGUUUAACACAUGUAAAAUUAAAUCUGUGAUAUAAAUGUAGGUAUAAAGAUUAUUAAUAGAACAAAUGCCAUUAUGUUCACGCCAGCAGAAGAAAUAAGCCUUAAUUAUUUUUAAAAACUUAGUACUUCCAUUUCUGUAAGUGAUAUAAUAAAUAAAUUUAUGAUCAUGUUAGGAAGCAUUUCUUCAUGUAUUUCAAUCAAAUUUUGCUUAACAUAUUUCAAAGCUGUUUUAUUUAGACCUGUAGAAAUUAAUAACAUUUCUUCCUGAUGAAUUUUUCCCUUUAAAAACCCAUUCAGUGCUUCUAAUUAGUCUGCUCUCAAUAUUGUUGCACUUGCCUUUUUUGGUAGUAUUUACUUUUCUCAAUUCUUUGUUUUCAUCUUGAUACUCUUAUUUUGUGAAUAGAGUGUCCUAUUCAACAUAGUGCUGGAAGCCAUAGUCAGAAACAAUUAGGUACAAAAGAGAAAUAAAAGGCAUCUAAAUUGGAAAGGAAGAAGUAAAACUACCUCUGUUUGCAAACAUCAUUCUAUACAAAGAAAAUCCAGGUGAAUCCACAAAGAAACUACUAAGCCUAAUAAGUUCAGCAAAACUACAGAAUACAAGAUGAACACACAAAAAUCAGUUGUAUUUUACAUAUAUAUAUAAAUGAACAACUUUGCUGUAUACGAGAAACUAACACAACAUUGUAAACCAACUAUACUUAAAAAAGUAUUUUCAUAUGCCACCAAUGAACCAUCAGAAAAGGAAAUUGAGAAAAACAUCCCAUUUACAACAGAAUCAAAAAGAAUAAAAUACCUAAGAAUAAAUAUAAUGAAAGAUGUGAAAAGACUUGUACACUGAAAACUAUAAAACAUAAAAGAAAAAAAACCUAUAAAA